AUGUUUGAGAAGUGGGGGGGUGCGGAGGUAUUGAGGAAAGCCGUUAGAGGGAUGUUACCGAAGAAUCGGUUGAGGGAAAAGAGGUUGGCUAGGUUGAAAGCGUUUGAGGGCCAUGCGCAUCCGUAUAAGAAGAAUAUUCUGAAAUUGGGCGGCAGGAGUGUGUUGGGGCCGCAGACCUCGAUUGCGGAUUCGCCGUUGGUUAAGGAGACGUUUGCGAAAGAGAAGGGGGUGUCAGAGGAGAAGGCUCAAGCUUAA